GAACUGUUAUUUCAGAUACAGUCUGAUGAACAUGUCCGUUUUCAAACAUUUACUUUAGAUAUACAUCAGUUCAAGAAAGAUGAACAGCAGUGGAUAAGUGUGUCCGAAAUUCUAAGAAAAUACUAAAUUAUUUCCCAAAAGUUCAAGACGAGUGCAAAUAUGAACUAGUGAAGUGUUAGAGAAAAAAAAUAUUACCCUAAACACAACGCAAACAACACCAGGUAAAAUUUUCACAUCCAGCACACUUCGAUAACUUUAACCCAAACAUCGACAACCCAAACGUGUGAAACAACAACGAGACAGAGAGGGAAAAACAGAGAUAAAAAGAAAGUAAAAAUAAAGAAAAGAAGAAGAAAAUAAUCAUAUACAAACUCAAGCUUUAAAAAAGGCAUAAUAAUAAGAAUACCUACCAGAAACGAGUGAAAGAAAACAUGGAUGAAAAACUAGCUUCUUACACCGGCGGUCUCCACGUCUUCAAAGGGUAUCUGAAGGAGAAAUGGGGGACGCUGAAGGAACAGGGAACUUCAGGGACCAUUCACGAGCUGAAGGAGAAGACGGGGACCAAAGUUACUGACCUGAAGGAGAAAGCAAUCAAAAAUCUGAAUCACGGAGAAGGAGACGACUAUUCCCACAUCUACAGGCGGAAGACCCGCGCCGAGAUGGUUCGCAUUUCCGCCGCCGUGAUGGGCAUCGAGUUCUGCUACGCCGCCGAAACCGCCUUCGUCUCGCCGACCCUGCUCAAGAUCGGGGUCAGGCACAGGCACAUGACACUCAUCUGGUGCCUGAGUCCCUUCAUCGGGUUCUUCCUGACGCCGAUCUUGGGCUCUCUGUCGGACAACUGCCGGUCGAAGCUGGGACGCAGAAGGCCGUUCAUCAUUCUCCUGUCCAUCGGGAUCAUUCUCGGUCUGAUCCUGGUGCCCAACGGAAAGCUCAUUGGCAUAACCAUGGGAGACGACUGGGCACCCACCCCCGCGCCCACCUCGUCCUCCCUCUCUGAAGAACAGGUUAGCGAACUGAUAUCAGCCACGGAACCAGGAUUUCUUAACGCCUCCACUAUCACCACAGUCGUCAACUCCUUGGAUAACCCUGAGAAUAUAACCCUUGCGGAUGACGGCGAACCACCGGCGAGGCCCAGCGGGUACCAGUCUCACCCUUGGGGCAUUUUCUUCACCAUUGUGGGCACGAUGCUUCUGGACUUCGAUGCCGACGCGUGCCAGAGUCCCUCGCGUGCCUAUCUCCUGGAUGUCACAGUGCCAGAGGACCAUGCUGUAGGCCUAUCAACCUUCACCAUCAUGGCAGGGCUUGGAGGCGGCCUCGGCUAUGCCAUGGGCGGCAUUAACUGGGACGUCACUUUCAUCGGCUGGGUACUCGGAGGUCACGUGAGAGCUGUGUUCACGCUGGUGACGUUCAUCUUCAUAGCCUGCGUGUUCAGCACCCUCUACUCCUUCAAGGAAAUCCCCCUCGAGGUCCUCCAGAAGUCCUCCAAGGCCGAGCUGCAGAGGGGCAUGUCGACGGAGCAGCAAGUCCUAAGUCCGAGCGGCGCCGAGGAGGGCAAAGGCUAUGGCACCAUGGACGACAAAGGCCCCUCGCGACCCAGCUCCCUGCCGCUGCUGCAAAACGGCCACGGCGCAGAGCCAGCGGCGGAGGGCCAGGAGCACGCGGGCCCCGAGGGCGAGAGCCAGGGCUACCAGCAGGACAAGCAGGGCGAGGCGGGCUACGACCAGGAGACGUCCUUCAACCAGCAGGAACCCAGCGCAGUGGUGAAGGAGGGCGAGCAAGUGCCUGACGGAGGCGAAGAGGCAGCGGUCCCUGGGGCUACACUAAGGCAGUACCUCCUCUCCAUCGUGUACAUGCCUAAGUCCCUCCGUAUCUUGUGUGUGACGAACCUCUUCUGCUGGAUGUCACUUGUCUGUUACUCGCUGUACUUCACUGACUUCGUGGGCGAGGCGGUCUUCGGCGGAGACCCAGGGGCACCUGACGGGAGCGUGGCGAGAGACCUGUACGAGGAGGGCGUCCGCUUCGGGUGCUGGGGCAUGGCGCUCUACUCCCUCUCCUGCUCCCUCUACUCCUUCCUGAUCGAGAAGAUGGUCAAGGUGUUCGGCGCCAAACCGGUGUACAUCUGCGGGCAGCUGGUGUACAGUGUGGGAAUGAUGUUCAUGGCGUCACUGCGUCAUCCUGCGGCCGUCAUCAUCUUCUCCUGUUGUGCCGGAGUCAUGUAUUCCACGCUGUUCACCAUGCCUUACCUCCUCGUGGCCCACUACCACGCUUCGGAGACGAUAAAAUGUGAGGACGUUUGGCUGGUCACCAAGGUACGGCAGCUGUGGGCCUGGUGCUGGGGUGGAGCGUUUAAAACGGAAGAAGGCGUUCUAGCAGACGGACCAGAGCAGCAAGUCCGGGGCCUCGGAACAGACGUAGCCAUCAUAUCCUCCAUGGUCUUCCUCGCGCAGUUUAUUCUCUCUUUAUGCAUGGGCUCCAUCAUCGCCGCCGUCGGGUCCACCACUGCCGUCGUCUGCGCUGCGAGUGUGCUGGCUGCUUGUGGCGCUAUUUCGGCUACACAAGUCAUCUAUCUCGAUCUGUAAUCCGUUCUCUGUGAUUCGUAUGAGCGCUCAUAGAAAACGAGUUACGCACUAACUAUAAUAUUUCUUUGCCAAAAACAAUAACAAAAAUAAAUUCGUGCUGAAGGGAGUCAUCA